UCACCCUGUACCCCUAACAGGCACAGGGUGAUUUACACAUAAGAGGGAUAUGGGGAGCUGAGACAGGGGUCUCCCCAUCUCUCCAAAGUGAGCUGAGUUCCAUGGGCCCCCCACCUAAAGUGACUCCUGUCACAGUGAGAACCUUUGAUUUACAGAAAAGAUUCACUCUUAUGAUGGAGGAGGUGAGUACAACAUCCUGGCAGUAUUCCAGUCAGGAUUCAUGAGGAACAUAAAUGGCCUACACCUAUAGCAAGAGUAUUAUUUAACU